AUGGGUUUGUCUAGCGAGGCACCGGAGCUUCCUGUGGAUUUGGUGACGGAGCAGAUUCUGACGAGACUGCCAGGAAAAUCUCUGAUGAGAUUCAAGUGCGUCUCAAGGCACUGGUUAUCGGUCAUCAGCUCAAAACAUUUCACCGACCGUUUUCUUACGGUUCGUCCAUCCCCUCGCCUUUUCAUGUGUUUAUGGGAUCCCAACGACGACAAUCGAAAUCGUUACUGGGUAACACUCUCAUUGGCUCCUUCAAGCACUAGUAGUAGUAGUACUACUACUCCGUCUUCCUUUGUAGUUGACCAGGAUCUGACCAUCCCAGGGAUGGGAGGCUACAACUUGCAAAAUUUUCGUGGCUUCAUGUGCUACUCUAAUGGUUCUAUAGCCCUGAUCUAUAACCCUGCCACAGCAGAACUUGUCACCUUACCCUUCUUCAGAUCCUGCAUCAGAGGGAAAAAAGUUGCCAGCUACUACUUUGGACACGACCCUGUUAACGACCAGUACAAAGUGGUCUCCUUGGUUAGUGCACGUAAACAAUUUCGAGGACUUGUUACAGUGACAAGUGAGAAUUGGGUCUUUGACCUUAAAACUGGAAAAGGUUGUUGCUCUUGGAAAAAGGCUGCUCUAACUCCACCGGACUUUUCUCAUCAGCAAAUAGGCCUCGGAGGAGGAGUGUGUAUCGAUGGGGUUAUCUAUUACCUGGCUUGGACUCCUUAUAAAAAAGUGGUUGUGAGUUUUGACAUUAGAUCCGAAGAAUUCAACAUGAUCCCAGUACCUUACGACGAGAACGUUCGAAACAUGGCUCUUUUGGAGCAUGGUGGAAAAGUAACUCUUUUUGACCAAACCAAUCUUAAAGACAUGGGUGUGGUGGCUUUAUGGACUCUGGAAGAGGCCCGGAGCAAGAAAUGGUCGUGCAAGAGUCGGGUUUUGGAGUCUUCCCAAAUGCAUUUGGUCAAUAGCAUUGCAUUCAAGAUAAGAGGUACAACUCAAAAGGGCAAGGUUCUACUGAAACCAGAGGAGUUCCUUUCGCCCUUUCACAUUCUUUGCUAUGAUAUUCAAAGCAAUGAUAUGAGCAAGAUUGAAAUGGAAGGCAUACCGAACAGCUGGUUUAGUCUGGACAAAGGUCCAGCUUUUGACUUAGUGUUUAUGGACCAGAGUGAGAGCGUCAUGGAGUGGGAGACUUUAAUUCAUGGGGAGAUGAUUGAUGCUGCUGCUCCCUCCACUGGGUCAAAGGACCAGUUGUGA